AAGAAAUUGGCCCGAACCAAGCAGACUGCUCGUAAGUCCACGGGUGGCAAAGCGCCCCGCAAACAGCUGGCCACUAAAGCGGCCAGGAAAAGCGCCCCCUCUACCGGCGGGGUGAAAAAACCUCAUCGCUACAGGCCCGGGACUCUUGCGCUUCGAGAAAUCCGUUGUUACCAGAAAUCCACCGAGCUUCUGAUCCGGAAGCUGCCUUUCCAGAGGUUGGUGAGGGAGAUCGCCCAGGAUUUCAAAACCAACUUGAGGUUCCUGAGUGUCGCCAUUGGUGCGCUUCAGGAGGCUAGUGAAGCGUACCUGGUGGGUUUAUUUGAAGAUACUAAUUUGUGUGCCAUCCACGCUAAGAGAGUCACCAUCAUGCCCAAAGACAUCCAGUUGGCUCGCCGGAUAUGGGGAGAGAGAGCUUAAGUGAAGGCAGUUUUUAUGGUGUUUUGUAGUAAAUUCUGUAAAAUACUUUGUUUAAUUUGUGACUUUUUUUGUAAAAAUUGUUUAUAAUAUGUUGCAUUUGUACUUAACUCAUUCCGUCUUUCACUCAGGAUGAAUGCAAAAAGUGACUGUUCACAGACCUCAGUGAUGUGAGCACUGUUGCUCAGGAGUGACAAGUUGCUAAUAUGUAGAAGGGAUGGGUGAUAUUUCUUGCUUCUCAUGGUGCAUGUUUCUGUAUGUUAAUGACUUGUUGGGUAGCUAUUAAGGUACUAGAAUUGAUAAAUGUGUACAGGGUCCUUUUGCAAUAAAACUGGUUAUGACUUGAAAAAAA